AUGGCGCCGUCGUUCUCAUCCUUCAGCCGCGACGACAACGGAGAAACCAUCCUAUCUCUCAGUUUCAAAUCCAACGUCAGCAGCGACCGCCCACCGGACAGCCCGAAAUACGCCUCCUGUCCCAUUCCCUCACCCUGCCGCGACUCCGCGGCGUCCUUGCAUCUCGCCGGCAAUGUCGACAAGAUCCUUAUCCACAGCGCUCGCCUCGCCGGAACCUUAAACCCUUCGCUCUCCCGCCUCCGAUCCCUCCAGAUCCUCUCGCUCUUCGACAACAACCUCACCGGCGGCAUACCCGACGAGUUCGCCGCCAUCGGGACCCUCUUCAAGCUUAAUCUUAGUCGAAAUCACUUCUCUGGUUCGAUUCCUGACUUCAUCGGCGACUGGCCUAGCCUCAGGCUGCUAGAUCUUGGUGGGAACUCGUUUUCCGGCGGGAUUCCGGCGAACUUGUUCCGGAACUGCUUUAAGACGAGGUUUGUCUCGUUUUCGCACAAUAAGCUCUCGGGUCCGGUUCCUACUUCGAUCGCCAACUGUUUGAACCUCGACGGAAUCGAUUUUUCCUUCAAUAAUCUCAGUGGUGGGUUCCCGCCACAGAUCUGCAGCCCACCGGCUAUCAAUUUUGUAUCUUUGAGGAGCAAUUCGCUGUCGGGGACCGUGGCAGAUAAGAUUGGGGGUUGUCGGAGCGUGCAGUUUAUUGAUCUUAGCGGUAAUUUGUUCUCGGGAGAGGCCCCUUUCGGUCUGCUUGCAUUGAGCAAUCUCAGCUACUUCAACGUGUCCUCGAACGACUUCAAUGGGAAGAUUCCAGGUUUGGGAACCUGCAGCCAGAAUUUGGAGUACAUUGAUGCUUCGCGAAAUGAUUUGAGUGGAGAGAUUGAUUCCGGCAUUGCUGGUUGCAAGGGCUUGACGUUGUUAGAUUUAGCGUUUAAUCAGUUGAGUGGACAGAUACCAUCAGGGAUUGGGUCAUUGAAGUCUCUUUCCAUUCUUAGGUUGGGGAAUAAUGAUAUCAAUGGCAAAAUUCCGGCGGAGCUUGGAGGUAUCAUUAUGCUUAUGGUUCUUGACCUGAACAAUCUUCAACUGUCUGGUGAGGUUCCUGCCACAUUGGGCCAAUGCCAGUUUCUGCUCGAACUGGAUUUAUCAGGCAAUGGGUUGGAUGGCAGAAUCCCAGGGAAUAUCUACGACAUGGCUUCUCUCAAACAUCUUGACCUUCAUCACAACCGGCUCAAUGGAACCAUCCCUGAUGUCCUUGGCAAUCUUACCCAUAUCGAAUUUCUCGAUCUUUCUGAGAAUUUACUCACCGGAGAAAUACCUGCUUCGCUCGGAAAACUAACCUCAUUGACCCAUCUCAAUCUCUCUUACAACAAUCUUACUGGAAUUAUCCCUUUGUCACCCACAAUCCAAAAAUUCAAUGCCUCGUCAUUCUCUCACAAUCCAUUCCUCUGUGGUCCUCCGCUGAACGCUGUCUGUCCGGGAGUGUCAAAGAGAACUAGAGUGCUGAGUGUUACUGCCAUAGUUGCUAUUGUUGCUGCAGCUGUGAUCCUUGCUGGGGUCUGCAUUAUUUCGAUCAUCAACAUUUUGGCUUACAGAAAAAGGCAAAGAGAGGAAGAGGAGUCUGAGAUCUUGAUCUCUGAGAGCACUGCUCCAGGUUCGAAUGGUUCGGGUGCGAUAAUUGGAAAAUUGGUUCUUUUCAGCAAGAGCUUGCCAGCGAAGUAUGAAGAUUGGGAGGCUGGAACCAAGGCACUCCUCGAUAAGGACUGCCUCAUUGGCGGCGGCUCCAUUGGAACAGUGUACAAAGCAACCUUUGAAGGUGGGGUUUCUAUUGCUGUGAAGAAGCUAGAGACCCUUGGGAGAAUCAGGAACCAGGAGGAGUUUGAGCAUGAAAUGAGCAGACUUGGAAGUUUGAGGCACCCAAAUUUAGUAGCCUUUCAAGGCUACUACUGGUCUUCAACCACCCAACUAAUUCUAUCCAAGUUUGUGCUGAACAAUAACCUCUAUCACCAUCUCCAUGGCUAUCGAUAUUCGGGCAGCACUAGCAGCAGAGCAAGGGGUGAGCUUUUUUGGUCAAGGAGGUUCAAUAUAGCUCUUGGUACAGCAAGAGCUCUUGCCUAUCUCCACCAUGACUGCAAGCCUCAAGUCUUACAUCUAAACAUCAAAUCUACCAACAUAUUACUGGAUGAAGAGUUUGAAGCCAAGUUAUCUGACUAUGGACUUAUAAAUUUGUUGCCUAUUUUGGGCAACCGAGCAUUGACAAAGUUUCACACUGCAAUAGGUUAUGUAGCACCAGAGCUGGCUUCUCAGAGCCUGAGGUAUAGUGAUAAAUGUGAUGUCUAUAGUUUCGGGGUGAUUCUAUUGGAGAUAGUAACGGGAAGGAAGCCGGUGGAGAGUCCAGGAGCUGCAGAGGUUGUGAUUUUGAGAGAUUAUGUGAGGAGAGUGUUGGAGGAUGGAACUGUGUCUGGUUGCUUUGACACAAGGUUGAGAGGAUUCGUAGAGGCAGAACUAAUUCAGGUUCUCAAGAUGGGCUUGGUUUGUACUUCAGAUGUUUCAUCGAAGAGGCCAAGCAUGGCCGAGGUGGUUCAGUUCUUGGAAUCAAUUAGACCCAACUCCUAAUCUUGCUUGUGGAGGAGCAGAAGCUAAGGGUUAGGUCAUGGGAUAUUUGUUGGUUCACAAAUAGAAGAUUCAGGAUAGAAAGCUUUUUUUAGUUCUUUUGCCCAUUCUUUUUCUCACCAUUGUCAUUGUCAUUUGUUUAUGUGAAAUUGUGGAUUUUGUUUUUUCAAUAAUAUAUUUUGAUUGUUAUUC